AACUCUUUUUCUCUCCACUAAGAAGUAAGAAAUUCUACCCUCUAAAAAUGCAUCAAGUACCUCUCUUUCUUUUAUUCUCCUUACUUUCUCUCAAGUUCUUCAUCCUAUCUGUAUCCGCGACGAAUUCCCUCAUCUAUGGUGGAUGCUCACAACUUCGUUUCAGCCCUGGUACUCCAUACGAAUCGAAUGUCAACUCACUGUUCACUUCCUUAGUCAACUCAGCCUCCGUCUCCAACUUCAAAAUCUCCACUUCAGGAUCCACACAAACCAACGUCGUUUAUGGUCUCUUCCAGUGCGAAGGUGACCUCAGCAACUCCAUCUGCAAAGAUUGUGUGGCCAGCGCCGUGAGUCAACUCAAGACAAUCUGUCCUCAGGCGACUGGUGGAAUCAUACAGAUUGAAGGAUGCUUUGUGAAAUACGAUAACAUAUCAUUCUUCGGAGUUGACGACAAGACAGAGGUGUCAAAACGAUGUGGCCCUUCAAUUGGUUAUAAUUCAGAUGUUUUGAACCGUCGAGAUGCUGCUCUGGCGUCUCUAACGGCGGCGAAUGGACAAUACUUUCGUGGGGGUGGGUCGGGAAGCGUACAAGGUGUGGCACAGUGCGUACAGGAUUUAAGUGUAAGUCAGUGUCAAGAUUGUCUUGUGGAAGCAAGUGGACGAUUGAGGUCAGAGUGCGAGACUUCAACUUGGGGUGAUAUGUUUCUUGGAAAAUGUUAUAUCCGGUAUGUCGACCGUGAUCAACACCACUCUAGUACCGAUGAUGAAGAUGUGGAUAAAACACUGGCAAUCACCAUUGGAGUCAUAACUGGGGUUAUAUUGCUCAUUAUUUUCUUAUCUUCGUUAAGCAAGAUUUGUAACAAAAAGGGUGGUAAAUAAAUAAAAGGUUGAAUGUGUACAUAUGCAAUACAAGGCCUAAUGUUGAGCAUAUAUUCCUCAUACUUUUGUGAAAGGGUUCAAAUUGCUCCAAAAUGAACAGGUAGAAGGCCCUAGCUAGGAUAGGUGGAUUCCCCAGAAACUCCCCACUUCUUUGCUUUUCAUUCAACACGAUCAACUACUUUGUGUGGAUCAAAAUGUAAUUUCUUUUGUCGUGAAUAUUUGUUGUUCGUGGAAUAAUUGCUAUGCAUGUUGUAUCAUGCAUCUUCAACCCUUUCUUUG